AUGAAGCCUCGCAAUCUGUCGCCAAUAGUCGUGAAUCUAUUCUCCCCCCGAGUUACGGACGCAUUUCUGCGAGCCGUGGCUAGGUCGAGGGAUCCCGGCCCAUCACAUUCUCACUUUGAGACGGGCGCACCAGUCGCUUCGCCACGAGCAACGACGAGUGGGCAAGGUCCUGUUCCUCUCCCCCAGCUCAGCCAAGUGCCUCAUAUUAAUGAAUCCCACGGCAUCGAACGACACGGGCGAGUCGUGCCUGUUCCCCAAGGACCGCCAAUGGAUCCGACCAUGUGGCCGACUCAACGCCAGCAGGAAUCAUGGCCGCCAUCACAAUGGCCCAACCAGAGCCCGCAAAAUCGACGAAGACAGCCCUGGACUGAAGAGAUCAGCAUGACUAGUACCCAGAAGUCAUUGAUUUCUAUCCGAGACAAAGACUUUGUACGUCGAUACUAUGAAAAGGUCUUCCAAAACCUUCAACAGACCAAUUGCCGUGUUCUGGCCAAAGCCUACAUCAAAUUGGUAGAGCCAAGGAAGCAAGUGAAUUAUCCAUACAAUGGACGAAAGCUAGUUGGUGGUAGAACUCAACAACUCGACCCAGAUGAGACCAAGCCACCAUGGUGGCCGUCAGGGGUAAGCCAUCGAGAGCCCGAUCAUCUUCCAAAAGCUGAACGCAUCAGACUUCUUGUCCAUCUACUUUGUGAACUGCGUACAAGUCACGGCAUCACCGCCCAUCGACUGAAGGAGGCAGACCAGCCCAUUCGGCGUCAAAUCGUCCCAGCCGAACGAUUGCAAAUAAUGGAUGAAGUGUACGAAGUGAGAGGGGAAGAAGAAAAGUUCAUCGACGGAAAAACAGAUGGAAAAACCCUCGUAUCCAUUUCACGCUCGAACCUACCCGACCCUGUAGCAUCUCCAAACCUUCCAAAGCAGACCACUCGAAAGAACACACCUACCGAGGAAGCAACAGCACCCAGUCAAGACCACCUCGCCGAAACAAUGUGUAUUCGCGGUGGCCCGACGCGAAUUCCAAGCACACCCCAAACCGCACUUGCACCGAGGGAAAUCCCAACAAAAAUAUCACCAAAUCCUCCUCUUGCAUCCUCCCAUAGUCCUACCCAAUACACCAAUCCAGAACUCCCCAUCCACCCUGGUGUGGAUGCCCUCCAAGUCCCCAUGUCAGCCGCCUCCCUCUCAGCACAAGAUUCGAGCCGAAAGCGUCAGCGCGUCGAGACGGGAAUUCAACCUACUGCUCCUCCGAAUCCAUUGGAGUACUACACAUCUUCAUAUGUCGGAACACAACAGCCCUUCAUGCCAGAGAACUACCCUGAGCUUCAAGGAUUUCCACCCCAAGAUCCUAUAUCAGGUCAACAACAACCGCCCAACGAGUCAUUUGGCGAAGAUAUGGACUCGUCUACAUUUCCGUACUAUUUUCAAUACUGA